AUGAGCCCGGACUUCUGCUGCCGCCGUCUUUCAGUCAUGCCGCUGUUGUGGUGGUUUAUUUGGGCACUGUUUCGCGGUGCAUUGGGGGGUCCAGUUCAGCGCGGGACGUGGUUGGAGCUUGGAGUAAAUCCAGUGAAGACCGAUGUGGACGGAGCCCCACGCCCUCCGUCCCACCGUCUGCCCAUGUUCCUGCACUCACCUGGGCCUCUCGUGUCAGCAGAGCUGCUGCGGCCGGUUCCUCACAGGAGUCCGUUUCCCGCCGAACUCACCGAGCUGCUGAACCCGACCGAAGAGGCGGCAGAGCAGCGCGUCCAGGUCGCUUGGGCGCGUGCCGUGCAGGUCUUCUGCGGCGCGGAUAGAGUGUCUGUGCGCGUGGACCGCUCUCAGCUGCGCGCGUGGACCGCUCCGUCACUGUUCUACUUGGGCUCGUGCCAGGCCAGCCAAGUCGGCCCGGGCGCCCUGUUCUUCCACUACCGCCUGACGCAGUGCGGCGCGGAGCCCACGGUUGUCGGUGGUCAGCUGGUGUAUACGUAUAUACUGCGUUAUAUUCCACCACCCCAAGGCAACGUCAUCAGAGUGCUACCACUUAGCCUUCCCAUCCAUUGCCAUUACAACAGAUUUCAUUACUCCUAUCAAGUUGGCUUCAAACCUCAAGUUUGGCCCACAACCUUUGUGAAGAGCAUCAGGAGUAAACUCAAGUACAUCCUCGCAGUCUUCAAUGCCAAGGGGCAGCCUGUCCCUCCAGACCACUGGUUCCAUUUAGGGGAGCCGGUGUACUUCGUAGCCCAGGCAGAAGUUCUGUUAGCUGGGGAGACGCUUUAUGUGAACUCUUGCUAUGCCACAAGCUCCAAGGACCCAAACAGCACGCUCAAAGUGGAUAUCAUUUCUAACUACGGCUGCAUGACAGACAGCAGGCGGGAGGGCAGCAGCUCUCGUUUCCUGAGAAGAGGGGGCAAUGUGGUCAAGUUCUCUGUGGAUGCCUUUCUCUUCAGAGCAGUCUCAAAAGUGCUGUACCUCCACUGUUCAAUGUCAAUCGGUCUCAUCCCUUCCCCAACCGCAAAGUCCUGCAAUUACAACAAGGCUGCUAGCAGGUGGGAGGAGCUGGAGGCCAAAGACCCAGUAUGCUCCUGCUGUGAUUCCAUGUGCCACGUUCAUGAUUCUGUCAAGAACAUAGUCAGCAGUCCAGGCUGGCACAUCGGACAAACGAAUGAACAGAACUCUCAGAUGGCUGAGUCCUCUUCUCAAGCAGAGGGAGGAAGAGAGUGGGCUAGCAAAGAGAAGAGCCACGAAAGAGAAGAUCAAAAAGCCCAGGCUUUUUCACAGGGGAAAGGGUUUGGCCCUCAGGAGGCAAAUGCUGAAGACCUCCCUGAGAGAAAUGCAGAGGAAACUAAAUGGAAGCACAGCGCUGAGGUCAGCCUGCUGGAGAGGGGAGAAAGGGAAGAGGUGGCGAGGGAAAAAGAAUUGCAACUAAACGAUUGCAUUGAGUCGGACCAAAAUGGGCCAGAACAGGUCUGUGUUACUAGAUAUGGUUCUUUGAGUAGUUUGCCCACUGUCAAUAGUAAAACUAAGGCAUCAAAAGUUGGUUCUGUCACCAUUAUUAGUAGAAGAAAUUCCAGUCUAAGUAUUACAUAUAAUUCAAGUAAUCUCAGUACUGAUGAAAAUAAUCCUAGCGCUGUAAUUCCUAACAUGAACCUUUGUACUGAAGAUAAUCAAACAAGUUGUACGGCCACCACUAAUACAGCAGGACAACAUGCCCAGUCUGUCGUAGGUACCCAGGCCAUCGAGUCACAAGGCCAAGCAGGAGAUUCUUUUUACAGCAAAGGACCACAUGGUUAUGACACUACGCUUCAGAGUCUGAAGACCAGAGGGAUUGAAUGGGACCAGUCCCAUGUUCAGCCAGUAGACUUCACUGACUGGUUAAUCGGAUACUUCCAGUUUGAUCCUAUAAUUGAAGAUGAGGGUUCUGGUUCUGUUGGUUCGGAGGAAACUUACAAACCCAGUCACUCUGCCAUGGUCACCAUCACCAAUGCAGGGCAGGGCUCUGAGGGCCGUGUGGAGGGGGCGCUUGGAUGGGGCAUGCAGACCUUAGGGUUUGUGGUAGAGAGGCCAGCAGAGGAGACAUGACUUCUAUUAAAGAGGAGGCAGUAGUGGGACAACAAGAGUCCAAGUGAAGAAUUGUCAUCGGUCUUUUUAGUAAUUGGUCCCAAGUAGCUCACAAAAUAACCUACUGAUCAGUUUUAUUGUAUUACAUUGGGGUUCAUUUGAGGGAAUUUCCAUAUACAGAAUGCAAAGUUGUGCCUGAGGAGUAGUUGACUGUCACAGUGGGGUCAUGACUUUAAUCUGUAAACGUAGCAUCAGUGAAGACAAAAUGGGCCCUCCCUCCUCUAGCACAGUCGGUUCAUCUGAAGGACCACUGCUGCAGAACUCCUCUCUCACUCACAUGGAGGAGGCCCACCUGUUAAUACCAGAGCUGAACAAAAUAGUGAUGGUGCCUGGUCAUCAGCUGGCUGUUCCUAUGGAGAUGGUUUGACAAUAAACUGAGC